AAACGAUAAAAAAACAGUGGAAUUUUGAGUAUUUGACAACUUUGACGUUUGUUAUGUUAUGUCUGAUAGGAAAUUCUUGACCAAUUUUUGCAUAACAAAAUAUAAUGUUUAUAAAUUAUUUAACGCUUGAACGGUAGUAGAAUAAGCAAACAUGGAUUCCGAGAUAAUGGUGGAGAUGUUACCGCUACUGGGCGUGUGCAGUUUAUGUCUUAAUGACGGCGCAGUAAAAAGUAUGUUGACCGGACACAAACAUAAUGACACCAUGGAAAUAUAUUCUGAUAUGUUAUUAAAAUGCUUCUCCAUAGACAUUACGGCAGUGGAACUGGGCGACACUAAAAGAUUAAUAUGCAUGACCUGCAUAUCGAGAUUGCGAGACUGCGUCGCUUUCAGGGUUCAAGUUGAAGCCUCCUUAUACACUCUGGAGGAUACAUUUAAGUUAGAGAAUGUAGAAUCACACGGCGCUUUAGAUGACCUCAAGACUGAGGCGCUCGGCGAUGUGGUGGCCAAUGAGAUAGCGGACUACGCGAACGACACGCCCGACGCUGAUGAAGAUGAUGACGACGAAACCGCUCUAAAGUAUCUAAUAAAGAAGGAAUGCCACGAGGAUUUCUCAGCGAAUACGAGGCGACGGAGAAAGAAAUACAUAAAGAUCAGCCUGAAACAAACCGAGGACUUGGCGGACACUGACCUGAUGCUCCAGAGCGGGCUGUUCCCGUUCAAAAUCAAGACAAACAGAACCUUCAGCUGCGCCGUCUGCCCAGAGAAAUCUAGCAGCCUGGACGAGAUAAAGGAGCACGUCACCCAGCACGACCGCUCAAACAUCCACGUCGCUUUCAAGAAGAUGAUCUUCUCGAAGUCGCAGCGGUUCUACAAGUCCGGCGCGCGCAUGUGCUGCAAGACCUGCUCGGCGCACGUGUCCGACUACGAGGAACUCUCGCGGCACGUGCAGACCUGCUCCAUGUCCAAAUACAACCGCUCUUGCAACAACCUACCCUUCAAACUCGAGAAAGACCAGCUGGACUGUCCGAUAUGCAAGAAGAACUUCCUCAACUACGUCAGCCUGAACACCCACAUGAACGAGCACUACCCGGACUUUAUAUGCGAGAAUUGCGGGAAAGCUUUCGCGUCGAAAGCUCGGCUUAGGGGCCACAUGCGGACGCACGAGGUCGGCACGUUCCCCUGCAAGUACUGCAGCGCGACUUUUGAUAGGAUCACGAAACGCGAGAAUCACGUGUCGAAAGAGCAUAAGGCCGGCGUCCGCUACGCCUGCAAGCGCUGCAACAUCUCUCUGACCUCGUUCUACGCGAGACAAAAGCACCUCGCUGAAGUCCACAACGAGGAGCUUAAGAGAUAUAAGUGCAAAAGCUGUCCUCAAAGCUACAUCACCCCGGGUCACCUGUCGAGUCACGUACGCCGCGAUCAUCUUAACGAGAGGAAUCAUAAGUGCGAAAAGUGUGACCAGGCCUUUUACACGCGUAACGCGUUAAAGAUGCACAUGAUAAAACACGACGGGGAGAGGAUACACGCGUGCCCGGUCUGCAGUAAGUCGUACCAGCGGAAGAAAACGCUUCGGGAGCACAUGAGGAUACACAAUAACGACAAGAGGUUCACUUGCCCGGUGUGCGGGAGGGCUUUCACGCAGAAAUGCACUCUGAAGGGACACUUGAAAGUGCACGAGCGGAAAGUGGAUAUAGACGAACGGAUAAUGCAACCGUUGCAUUCGAUUUGAGCGGAGCCGGCGCGUGGGAUCAAGGGCAGCGGUUGAGUCGCGAGGGGUUCUAAGCGGAUGUUGGUAAUGAAGUUUUUGGUGGCGUCCGAACCGGUAAACCCUUCCAUGAUGCAGGGUCCUGGGCUAGUCGAAGGUCAAGUGUCAGGAUGCCGGGCGGCGUCACACGCACCGAACUAACGAAGUAUUAAUUUGUACUUAACUCGUAGAGUUUUCGUUACGAACUAUAAGUUGAAAAUUGUGUGUCGCAUUUGAAGGCGGGAGGGAAUUCGUCAGAGCCAUAAGGUCGGAUCGAGGUUUUGAGUAAAUCGAUUGAUUGUUUUUUUUAAUACAUUAUAUGUUUACUUUGUUUUGGUUUUGAUAUAAUUGAUGGUUUAAAACUUGUGUACUUGUACUGUUUAUGUUGAAAAGUAAAAAAACAAAACAUUUCAA